CACAGGUCCAUCAACGACACCAUGACCUCAACAGAUUCCGAACUAGUAUUCAUCAAUUUCUACACUCCUGAGAACAGCGAAUUCUACGCCGCAAAUGUCUACAGAGACCUCAACCCCAAUAAUGACGACUUUCGCCUCCUCGAAAUCCUCCCAGGACAAGGGCUUGACCGCAUCCAAUGCAGAAUCAUUCAGCCGCCAGAGACACCGGGCCUCAAAUACGAAUGCAUUUCAUACCGUGCCGGCGAUCCUACCAAAAUACUGGAGAUUGAGGUUGAUGGGCAUCCUUUCAAUGCAUUUGCAUCGCUCGGUGCUGCCCUGCGCAAAAUUCGGCAGCCUGAUGGAACCAGGGUUGUCUGGGCCGACCAGAUUUGUAUCAAUCAAAACGACGUUGCGGAAAGAGGAAGCCAAGUCUCGAAGAUGAGGGUUUUUUAUGAGAGGGCGGAAUGUGUGAUCGCUUGGCUUGGUGAUCUGAAGGGAGGGGACCUCGCAUUUCGUACGGUGCAAGAGCUUCAAGAUGAAUUCAAUCUCAAAAUGGAGCAUCGGAUAAGGGACGGUUUGUCGGCCGAGGUCGAGUCCGUUCUGAAUGACGUUGUCAAUGGCGUGGUCGACGAAUUGUUAUCCGAUAGCACAGACAUAUGGGCAAAAUACGAAGCAUUAGGCAACUUGUUUAGGUCUGAGCUCUGGAGCCGCCUCUGGAUUUGGCAAGAACUUAUUGUUGCAAAGACGAGUCACUUCAAAUGGGAUACGCACUCCGCCAAAGUUGAAGAUCUCCGGAUUGUUUUCCAAAUUUUACCACAACUAAUCGUCGUGGAAUGGCCGACCCGUAAGCCGAAGAGCCUAGAAUUGCUCAUGGGCAAUUAUCCGACUGCGCCAGCUUCGAAAGUUUUCGAGAUGUUAAAAAUUCAAACUCGGCGAAGGAUUUGGCAAGAGCAGAAAGUUCUCCCUCUCGAUCGACUACUCGACUCUGCUAGGUGGGCAUAUUCUACCGAUCCUAGAGACAAAGUUUUUGCUCUCUGUGGGCUAAGUGACCAGAAACUUGGAAUUGUACCUGAUUAUAAGGCAACUAUCCAGCAGAUAUAUAUCAGCACUGCGACGGCAAUAAUGGAGCAGGAACGAUCAUUAGACAUACUGGCUUAUUGCAAGCAUUCAGGCGUAGUUAAAGCAAUGGACUUACCUACUUGGUGCCCUGACUGGUCAUCGCAGCUUGAUGAACGAGCUGAACGAUGGCCUCUGCUCCUUGGUGAAUUUCCUGCCAAAUGCGCAUUCCGAGCAUCGCAAAGCACUUGUGGGGUUUUCCGUGUAGUUCCAGGAGGGCCAGAUACUAGGGUCCGGCUUCACACGAGCCUACUCGCUCAAGGAUUGGCAAUUGGGAUAAUUGAUAGUGUAGGAAAUUUCGAAACCGCUGAUCAGAAAACGGACGAAGAGAAGUUUCAACAUUUGCUAUCCUCGUGGGCCACACGAAUUGCCGAAAAAGACACAUUUGCCGCAGAAACUCUCCAAGAAUUAGAGAAGACUGCCACCAUCGACAACAGGGGUUUUGCCGAGGGGAACAGUUUGAAUCAUAUCGCACGCGAAAGUAACGUUCGGCGUUUGAAACUCGACGCCAUAGAAGGUCUUCGUCGAUUCGUUGUUACCUGCAAUGGCUUGAUGGGGAUGGCACCUCCUCACGUCCAAGAAGGUGACCUAGCGUGUGUUUUAUUGGGAGCUCGAGUGCCAUUUAUGUUACGGAAAUGCAAAGAAUUUUACACUCUGGUUGGAGAGGUAUACAUCAGCAAUGGUUAUAUGUACGGACGAGCAAUUGACGAAAUGGAAGCUAGAACGAGUGAAGUCCAGGAGUUCGAAAUUCGAUAGCUCUAGGAAGAGACCUCAAUACGUGGAUGGUGUGCUUAGUUCACAUGAAAAAUCAAUUAAGGGAUGGAAAUCCUGGGCUUGACCGACAAUUGGUGCUAUGUCAUGUUACACCCCCAACCGGCGGCUUUGAAUAUUAUAGCAGCCACUCAACAAGCCCUCGCACCGUUAAUCAAGAUGGAAGAGUAAUUGGGAGUCGUCAAUAAAGGUCGCAGCAGAAGCACUAAUGGUAAACAUUAGGGAGUUAUUUUAAGUAUAAAUCGUUGUGGGGCGUACUAUAGAAUGCUUCUAACAGUAUAGAAUUCAUUGAACUGGGCUAUCUCGAG